CUCGCCAAUGCGCGCUGCGUUUGAGCCCCUCAGCGCGCCUGACACGUCGCUCGGCUCAGUCUUAACGCACUCAAUUCUCUCUUUCUAUCUGUUUACCACUCCACAUCAGACGGGCAACCGAGCGGGGCAAUGGGGACAAUAUGGUGAGUUGUUGAUAACUGCGCCCAUCCGCGCACACGGAGCAAUGGACUGCAGUUUUACUUGAGGAGACCCAUGGAGAACCCAGCUAAGUACCUCUCAUCGGUGCACGGGAGUGCCUCCGUACCGGUACCACUCGGAGAGAUUAUGUGGAACAGCACCGAAACGGAAGCAACAUCAGACGGGAGACGGGAGCUGAUCGUCCGUACAGUGACGGGAUGUCUACUGUCCCUGCUCAUCCUAUGGACCCUGCUGGGGAACAUCCUAGUCUGCUCAGCGGUGCUGCGCUUUCGGCACCUGCGGACCAAAGUCACCAAUAUUUUCAUCGUGUCUCUGGCUUUGUCGGAUUUAUUCGUGGCCGUCCUGGUGAUGCCGUGGAAAGCCGUGGCCGAAGUGGCGGGAUACUGGCCGUUUGGGACUUUCUGUAAUGUUUGGGUAGCUUUUGACAUUAUGUGCUCCACCGCGUCCAUCCUAAACCUCUGCAUCAUCAGCGUGGAUAGGUACUGGGCUAUUUCGAGCCCCUUCCGCUACGAGAGGAAAAUGACCCAGCGAGUUGCCUUUGUCAUGAUUAGUGUCACUUGGACGUUGUCUGUGCUGAUUUCAUUCAUACCAGUCCAACUAAACUGGCACAAAGCCAGCGAUGACGAAACGACUGUGACUCCCAACUCUUCCAUCAGUAACCAAAUGGAAGAAAACUGUGACUCUAGCCUCAACAGAGAAUACGCUAUAUCGUCUUCUUUGAUUAGUUUCUACAUUCCCGUGGCAAUUAUGAUUGUGACUUACACCAGGAUAUAUCGGAUUGCACAGAUACAAAUUAGGAGAAUAGCCUCCCUGGAGAGAGCUGCGGAACACGCGCAAAGUUGCAGGACCAACAGACUAGAGUGCCAACACCACAACACAUUGAAAACGUCGAUUAAACGGGAAACCAAAGUGUUAAAAACCCUGUCGGUGAUUAUGGGUGUCUUUGUGUGUUGCUGGUUACCUUUCUUCAUCCUAAACUGUAUGGUCCCGUUCUGCAACAGGCCAGCGGCAGACCGGGACGCAGGUCUGCCGUGCGUCAGCGAGACGACUUUCGACGUCUUCGUGUGGUUCGGUUGGACCAACUCAUCACUGAAUCCCAUCAUUUACGCCUUCAAUGCUGAGUUCAGGAAGGCCUUUGCCAGUCUCUUGGGUUGUCGCUAUUUCUGCUCCAACACACCGGUAGAAACUGUUAAUAUCAGCAACGAGCUGGUCUCAUAUAACCAGGAUACCCUCAUCCACAAGGAAAUCGUGAACGCUUACGUCAACAUGAUCCCCAACGUGGUUGAAUGUAUUGAGCAUGAGGAGACAUUUGACAGGAUCUCGCAGUUUUCUCACCACAACGAAAAUGCCACCGACUCGGUUUGUGACUUGGAGGACUGCGAGGCAGACAUCAGUUUUGACAGGAUGUCACCGUUCACUCCCAAUGGAUUACACUAACUAACCUGUGUCAUCUCGUGCGUAAAUGGAUGUAUUGGUAAAAUGUGAUAGUUUAUUCACCCCACCUUUCUCAACGUGCCUCCGCAUGGAGGCCAGGCUACAGAACAGCACCCCCUGCAGCUGCCGGGGAAUUAACUAACUUGCUCAAGGACACUUCAGCAGGGCGGAUAUGUGCCGGCAACGAGGCUCGGUCAUCUAGCUGAGGGAUGGUGUCUAACCACCGGGCCACCCUGCUGCUGCUUAGCUUCCUAUUUGAGAUGUGAUAUUGUUGUCCCGUUCUAAAAAAGUGAUGUAUUGUAUUGGUGUUUAAUUACAUGACAAGUGAAGUCUGUGUUCAUUUGUUCAACGGUCAUAGCUUCUGUAUAUUUGGAGCUGUUUUCUCCCCCCCAAGAGUUUACUGAACAAAGGCUUUACUCUGAAAACUUGUGUCUCAUGUCCAUUCACCUGGAGGAAAAUGUUGGAGGAAAAACUCACUGACAGAUAGGAAACCGCUUGCUGCUCAGAAACCUCACUCAUCCAGUGCCCGCCUCUCCACUGAAUAUGAAAAAAAAAAAAAAAAAAAAAAAAAAAAACUGAGGGCAGCCUUACAGACCUCGUUAAAAUUACUCAAAUGCA